AUGGCGGACAUCAGUGACGAACUGGGCACUAUAGAUGUUGACACAGACGUUCAAGAAAUUCUCCUUGCAGCGUCACAACAUAACAUUCCGAAACUCCGUCAAUUAAUCCGCGCAAAUGAAAAAGCGGAAAAUCCAGUGAAUGUCAAAGAUCCUGAGACCGGGUAUACUCCACUUCACGCUGCAAUUGCUGCCUGUGAAUCAGAUGCAGAGGAUUCAACCGACAGUCAACAAACCCCCAAUGGGAUCACGAAUGGAGAUUCCACAGUAGCCUUAGAUGAAUCGGCUAGUGUGGCUGACCGAGGGAGGGAUGUUGUGAAGUUUCUACUGCAAGAAGGGGCUAUUUGGAAUGACUUGGAUUCUAAAAAUGAAACUCCUGGCUGUUUGGCUAGGAGACUUGGGCUUGAAGAACUUUACAGUUUGAUGGUCGAUGCGGGCGUGAGGGCUGAAAUGCUACUUAAUCGAUUAGACGGCUAUCAAAUGCUAUCGGAUGAUGGUAGCGAGGAGGAAGAGGAAGAGGAUGCUCCUCCUCUGGCAGAGGAAAAACAAACGCAGGAGGACAUAUCACAAGCGGUGCCCGAAUCGGGCAAUGGCAGCAAUCAGAACUUGGCAGAGUCGGCAGAUGCUGACGUUAGCAGCUCUCGCUACCUUCAAUCGAAUUUAACAUUCCAGCAUGAUCGAUUACUCGAUGAAGAUCAAAAUGGCGUGAUGAUGGCGUGGGAGACGGACAUCAUGGCAAAGUCUGCCAAAGCCCUUCUUCCCACUCCCGGAUUGCGUGUUUUAAACAUUGGGCAUGGCAUGGGAAUCGUGGACAAUCUUUUCCAAGCACAGCAACCGAACGCCCACCACAUUGUCGAAGCGCAUCCUGCCGUCAUAGCAGACAUGAAAAGAAAGGGUUGGCAUGAAAAGCCCGGUGUUACCGUUCACGAAGGCAGGUGGCAGGACAUCCUUCCAAGACUCAUCGAUGAGGGAGUGACAUUUGAUGCAAUCUAUUACGACACUUUUGCCGAAUCUUACUCCGACUUCCGAGAAUUCUUCUCGGAGCAAGUUAUUGGUCUCCUUGAACCAAACGGCAAAUGGAGCUUCUUCAAUGGGAUGGGGGCUGAUCGACAAAUAAGCUAUGACGUCUAUCGGAAAGUUGUGGAAAUGGACCUCCUGGAAGCUGGGUUCGAUGUUGAUUGGGAAGACGUUAGAGUCCCACGUCUUGAAGAGGAAUGGAGCGGAGUUCGAAGGAAGUAUUGGGAUGUAGAUAAUUAUAGAUUGCCGACUUGCAGAUACUUAGACUAG